ACACCGCCACGUAAUUACGUACAAUGUGUACGGAAGCGCUUGUGUUCCACUGUGGAUCCGUUCUACGUAGCGACUCUACGAUGUUUUCCCGAUUUAAAAACCAGCCGGUUCCUCUUUGACGUCCGAACCGAACUUUAUAGAGGGUCCGAAAUGAGCACGCAGGACAUCUUGAAAAAUGCGUCCACUUUGGCGUCGUACAACGUUGUGCUGCAGGUGAUGUUCCGUGUCCUCACCUUCCUCCUGAACGCCUUCACGCUGCGGUUCGUCUCCAAGGAGCUGAUCGGCGUGGUGAACGUCAGGCUCACGUUGCUAUAUUCUACGUUAGUGUUUUUAUCCAGAGAGGCUUUCAGGAGAGCCUGUCUGAGUGCAGAAUCGGGGACAAGCCGCAGCUGGAGACAAGUCAUCAACCUGUUAUGGCUGACAGUGCCUCUUGGUGUGUUAUGGGCCACCCUUCUCGGAUGUGUGUGGCUGUGGCUCCUGGAGGCCCCAGAUCCCCAGACGGUGCCUCACUACGGCCCUGCUGUGGUGCUCUUUGCCCUCUCUGGAGUGCAGGAGCUCCUGGCUGAGCCCCUCUGGGUCUUGGCUCAAGCUCACAUGCUCGUCCAACUCAAAGUGAUCGCUGAGAGCUUGGCUAUGAUCGCCAAGUGCAGCGUCACUGUGGUGCUGGUGGUGUUUGCCCCCGAUUGGGGUCUUUACAUCUUCUCUGCUGGCCAGUUGGUGUACACUGGAUUUCUGGUGUUGUGCUACGUCCUCUACUUCAUUCGUUUCUUGGGCUCCAAAGAAGCAGCAAAGAAGACCUUCCCUCUGCAGCAUAUCAGAGAUCUGCUGCCAAGCAAAGCUGAUGGAGAGCCGCUGGUAGACUGGACCGUGGCCCGGCUCACUUGGAGCUUCUUUAAGCAGUCGUUCCUGAAGCAGAUCCUGACAGAGGGAGAGCGCUACGUCAUGACCUUCCUGAACGUCCUCAGCUUCGGAGACCAGGGCAUCUACGACAUCGUCAACAACCUGGGCUCCAUGGUGGCACGCUUCAUCUUCCUGCCCAUCGAGGAGAGCUUCUACAUCUUCUUUGCCAAAGUGUUAGAGAGGGGACGCGAUGUGGAAAGUCAGAAAAAGGAAGAUGUGGCGAUUGCAGCAGAAGUCCUGGAGUGUUUGCUGAAGCUGGUGCUGGUAAUUGGACUAAUCAUGUCAGUGUUUGGAUAUGCAUACUCUCACCUGGCUCUGGAUCUGUACGGCGGUGCCCUGUUAAGCAGUGGAUCAGGACCUAAUUUGCUGCGGUGCUACAGCUGCUAUGUUCUCCUUUUGGCUGUGAACGGAGUGACGGAGUGCUUCGUGUUUGCUGCCAUGAGCCAACAGGAAGUCGACAAGUAUAACCUGGUCAUGCUGGCUCUGUCCGUGUCCUUCCUCCUCCUGUCCUACAUGCUGACAUGGUGGGCCGGUGGCAUCGGCUUCAUCCUGGCAAACUGCCUGAACAUGGCCCUGCGUAUUUCCCACAGCCUGCUCUACAUUCACCGCUACUUCCAGUCCAGUCAGUGGAAACCGCUGCGAGGCCUUUUGCCUUCCCCGCUCCUGCUGGUGGUGCUCAUUAUCAGCGCAGGCGUAACUGUAGGGUCUGAGGCCGUUUUCUGCUGCGACGGCGGCUGGCUGUUCAGGAUGGUCCAUAUCGGCGUUGGAGGAGUUUGUCUGCUCUUCGUCCUGCUGGCUGUUCUUCUCACUGAGACUCAGCUGAUGCAGUUUGUGAGGACUCAGCUGUUGCCUCGCUACAGAAAGAAACACACCUGACCAACCACACCAAAGACUGCUGCUGCUGCUGCUGCUGAGGAAUGAAAAUAUUUUACAUCAACAAGCAGAUUAUCAACUAAAUAACAGUCACUGUCUGUCAAACAGAGGGGGAAUAUAUUUUUUAAAUUGGACCUCUUACUCUAACAUUCCUGUGUUGAAUGUUUGCCAAAUGUUAUUUCUGUUUCAGGAUCUAAGCCUGAAUGGAAAACAUGAAUGUACUUGAAGAAUGCAGUUUUUUUUUUUGUUACCAACCUUUAUUUUGCACUACACGGCUACAAGUGUAUGAAAUGUUAAGUUAAGCGAACAAACCAAAAAUCUAACAAUUUGAAUGCUUAUCGAAUUCAGUUUGGUUUAUUUCUUUAGAGCCAGUAAUGUAAUUUAUAAUUUCAUGUCAAGAUUUACAAGGUCUAAUCCAUGUCUUGCACACAGAAUCCAUUUAAAUUCAAACCAACCCCGUUUAAUCCAGUCAAAAUCGGAACCAGUAACAUUUUAAUUUUAGCUAUAAACCAUAGAGUCAAAUUCAGUUCAUUAUUUAAAAUUCAGAACCACCGAGUCAGCUAGUGUGAAAAGAAAUGAAAAUGUGCUGCAAUGGCUCAAUUUUAUCCGGUCUCCAUGACAGAAACGUCACUAGAAGAGGACGAGCCACAGAUAACGUUUUCUUUGGAAAGGAAGAGAAAGUAAAAUUAUUGGCAGCAUUUGCUUUAUCUGUGACUUUGUGGGAAAGAGACCCAUCAUCACACAAAACCAGAACCACCAGUUAUAGUUACGGGAAUGAAGCACAUGCUACACAAAGCCAUUGGGAGCAAUAUCUUUGUUAAUGAAUUAUUCCAUUAGAAAAACAUACGUGAUGGACCAGGACUCUGACUUUUGUGUAAGAGUGGAAAUCAAAGAUUUUGGCAACGAUCAAGAGGCAACUGAAAACAAGCACUGAGCCACAAAAACUUAAGUCAAUGGCAGCAAUCACUGGACUGUAUCUUACAUAAUUAACGCCAGCAAAUGCAGAUAAAGAUCAUUAUUCAGAUUUUUUUUUCAGAAACAGAAAGUAAAACAUGCAAAGAAGCUGGAGAGACUUUGGAAAAUAGAGAGAAAACCAUCAGCAUUCCAAAAAAACAAAAUAAAAAUAUAUACACGGAUUAAAUAGCACUAUAUGCACCCAUAUUUCCUUUACUAACCUUCAUUAUUAAUUAAUGUUAAUUAAAUUACUUUAUGUUUUCUGAAUCAGUUUCUGGAUAUUGACUACACAUAAUAGAUUACUGCCUAAUCACACACAUAUAAAAGAAAAAAAAAAUCUCCAUUUAGUGAAUCUGGUCUGUGCUUUCUGGCUGCCCUUUUACAUUUGUUAGAUCCAAAGUUUACUUAUUAGGAAACUGGAGCACCACUGAACUCAUUUCAUCAUGUUACAAGUGGAUGAAAUAAGCUAACCGUGAUCACUUUCUUGAGUUUUUUUUGUUGUUUUUUUUACAGUGUGGGAUUCAGUUUAAGAGGAUUACAGCAAAUAAAUGUUACAGGAUCAAUUCAA